UUGAAAGGAGUUAAGAACAUCAUACUUUCAUGAACUUUCCUAAAUUUAACCAUUCCCUUUUUCCUUUACUACUAUACUUAGAUGAAGCUCACUUUUUUCCGUCGUGGUUCUUAUCUGUAGUUCCAUUCGAUCUUUCUCUCCUGCAUAUAAUAGAUUUCUAGGGUUUUUAGUGAGCUUGAAAUUCUGUACACGCAAAAAGUGUUGCUUUUUCUUUUCUUCUUCAUGGUGAUCGCCUCCGGUGAACGGGUGGACUCCGUUUCCGGCGCCUCUGUUUAUUCACCAUCUUCACAUUCGUUGCCAUCAUCUUCACGAAACACAAUGCGUGUGACAAAUCGUCAAGCAACGAAUUGGAGUGGUGGACAACACACCAGUGGUAGGUUUUGGGUGAGAAAGAAGAUGACAGAGGUGGCGAGGUCAGUGGUGAACGACGUUUUGGGACAAAGGAUUAUCGACGUGGAUGAGCCAAUCGUUGAUUACAUCGUUAACGUCCUCGCAGACGAUGACUUCGAUUUCGGACUCGACGGCGAAGGCGCUUUCGAAGCCCUCGGAGAACUUCUCGUCGCCGCCGGCUGCGUCGACGAUUCCUCUCACUGUCGCACUGUAUGUAGCAAGCUAUCUGACAAGUUCGGGAAGCAUGGUUUGGUGAAAGCGAAACCAACGGUGCGAAGCCUUGCGGCGCCGUUUAGAAUGAACGAGGGAAUGGACGAUGGUGUAGCUCCUAAGAAGAAGCCUGAACCCGUUGAUGGUCCUCUUCUAUCGGAACGCGAUCGUUUAAAGCUAGAAAGGAGAAAGAGAAAAGAUGAACGCCAGAGAGAGGCACAAUUUCAAAUGCAUUUAGCGGAGAUGGAAGCAGCGCGGGCGGGUAUGCCUGUUGUAUGUGUUACGCAUGAUAACAGUGGUGGACAUACUGUCAAGGACAUUCAUAUGGAGGGUUUCAAUAUAUCUGUUGGUGGCCGUGAUCUCAUUGUUGAUGGUUCCGUCACACUUUCUUUUGGAAGGCAUUAUGGUCUUGUUGGAAGAAAUGGGACAGGAAAAACGACUUUCCUCAGGCACAUGGCCAUGCAUGCUAUUGAUGGUAUUCCUAGGAAUUGUCAGAUAUUGCAUGUGGAGCAAGAAGUUGUUGGUGAUGAUAUAACUGCCUUGCAGUGUGUUCUUAAUUCUGACAUUGAGAGAACUCAGCUUCUGCAGGAAGAAGCUCAAUUACUUGCCAAACAGAGGGAAUCUGAGGAGAAAAUUGGAAAGGGCAAUGAUAAUUUGAAUGGAGGGGUUGGUAAAGAUGCUAUUUCACAAAGGCUUGAGGAAAUAUACAAGAGGCUUGAGUUCAUUGAUGCUGAUUCUGCAGAGUCACGGGCAGCAUCGAUACUUGCGGGUCUAAGUUUCACUACUGAGAUGCAGAGGAAGGCAACAAAAACUUUUUCUGGAGGAUGGCGGAUGCGAAUAGCUCUUGCUCGCGCACUGUUUAUAGAGCCUGAUAUAUUACUUCUUGAUGAGCCUACGAAUCAUCUUGAUCUCCAUGCUGUCUUAUGGCUUGAAUCAUACUUGGUUAAAUGGCCAAAAACAUUUAUUGUUGUUUCUCAUGCUAGAGAAUUUUUAAACCUGGUGGUUACUGAUAUAAUUCACUUACAAAACCAAAAGCUGACUACUUAUAAAGGAAAUUAUGAUAAUUUUGAGAAGACCCGAGAAGAACAAAUUAAAAACCAGCAAAAAGCAUUAGAGGCAAAUGAAAAAGCAAGAUCUCAUAUGCAGACCUUCAUUGACAAGUUCCGCUAUAAUGCCAAGAGGGCAUCACUUGUUCAAUCUAGAAUCAAGGCUUUGGAACGAAUGGGCCAUGUUGAUGAAAUUGUUAAUGAUCCUGACUACAAGUUUGAGUUCCCCACUCCAGAUGAUAGACCAGGCCCACCGAUAAUAAGUUUCAGUGAUGCAUCAUUUGGUUAUCCUGGGGGGCCCAUUCUAUUUAGAAAUUUGAACUUUGGGAUUGAUCUUGACAGCCGUGUUGCAAUGGUUGGUCCAAAUGGCAUUGGCAAAUCAACUAUACUUAAGUUAAUUGCUGGGGAAUUACAGCCCAGUUCUGGGACAGUCUUCCGUUCUGCUAAGGUUCGUAUAGCAGUGUUCAGUCAGCACCAUGUUGAUGGACUUGACUUAUCCUCAAAUCCUCUUCUGUAUAUGAUGCGCUGCUAUCCUGGUGUUCCAGACCAGAAGCUUCGAGCCCACUUAGGUUCUUUUGGUGUAACGGGAAAUCUUGCACUUCAGCCGAUGUAUACCUUGUCAGGUGGUCAGAAAAGCAGGGUUGCAUUUGCAAAGAUAACUUUUAAGAAGCCACACAUAAUAUUGCUUGACGAGCCAUCCAAUCAUCUGGACUUGGAUGCUGUUGAGGCGCUAAUUCAAGGUCUGGUGAUGUUCCAAGGAGGCAUUCUCAUGGUAAGUCACGAUGAGCACCUUAUCUCUGGAAGCGUGGACGAGCUAUGGGUUGUAUCCGAAGGAAGAGUGUCCCCAUUCCAAGGAAACUUCCAUGAUUAUAAGAAGAUACUCCAGUCAUCGUAGGAAAAUGAGUUGUAGUUAACAUAUUUUGGGGAUAGAUACUACCUUCCUUUCCUAACUAAAGAAUACCUGGACGACAUUUUUGUGCUGUUCAUCUCAGCCGUCAUAGAUGGGAAUAUACAAGUUUGCAAUUUAUCAAAAGUAUGCAUAAGUAAGACCAUUUGAAUGCAUUUUAUCAUUUCAUAAACAAAAUAAUUGGUUAAAUUAAUUAGUAAAUAAUUUUAUAUGAAAUUAUUUUAGUCAUAACUUUGUAAUUGAAGUUAUUAUGUAGGUAUUAAU